UUGGAGGAGAGGGGGUUUUCAGCAGAGCCCCCCCUCCCCUCCCCUCCUUGUAGCACAGAUGGGGAGCAGGUACGCGGGAAUAAAGGCUGCUCUCGAAUGGGGAAGCCGUGACCCACUUUUUUAACUGAGCGAGUCAAGCUACAGGGCAGAGAGGAUCCAAACACCAAGCCAUUGGACGACGAAAAAGCCAGUUCUUAACCCAUGCAAUGGAUCUGCAUCCACACGGAGGCCCACCGGGGUCAGCAAUGAACAAGCUGCGGCAGAGUCUGAGACGCAAGAAGCCGGCGUAUGUCCCGGAGGCCAGCCGACCCCACCAGUGGCAGGCGGACGAGGAAGCCGUGAGGAAGGGGCGCUGCAGUUUCCCCGUGCGGUACUUGGGCCACGCGGAGGUGGAGGAGUCCCGGGGGAUGCAUGUUUGCGAAGAAGCUGUGAAGAAGCUAAAAGCGAGUGGUCGCAAAUCUGUCAAGGCUGUGCUUUGGGUCUCGGCUGAUGGGCUGCGCGUCGUAGACGAUAAGACCAAGGAUCUGAUUGUGGAUCAGACGAUCGAGAAGGUUUCCUUCUGCGCCCCGGAUCGCAACUUCGACAAGGCCUUUUCCUACAUCUGCCGCGAUGGCACCACACGCCGCUGGAUCUGCCACUGCUUCCUGGCCCUGAAAGACUCGGGUGAACGUUUGAGCCACGCCGUGGGAUGUGCCUUUGCUGCCUGCCUGGAGCGCAAGCAGAAGCGGGAAAAAGAGUGCGGGGUGACUGCCUCUUUUGAUGCCACCCGUACCAGUUUUGCUCGGGAAGGCUCCUUCCGCCUGCCAGGCCCUCCGGCUGGCCGCCCUUCAGGGGCACGGCCCCCACAGGACCGGAAGAAAGCCGAAGCGGCAAAGGUGCCCUCAGCGCCUCCCCCGGCCCCCGCCCAGCCCGGCAGUGCCUCUCCACCCCAAGGGGCCACGUCGCCAGAAGAGAAGGCCGAAGCAGGGGGCGCGCGCGCCAUCCCCCGCCGCCACGCCCCCUUGGAGCAGCUGGUGCGGCAGGGCUCCUUCCGGGGGUUCCCCACCCUGAGCCAGAAGAACUCUCCCUUCAAGAGGCAGCUCUCCCUGCGGCUGAACGAGCUGCCGUCCACCCUGCAGCGCAAGGGGCACACGGACGAUGCCGUGAUUGAACUUGAGCCCACCCCCAACGGGGACUCAGACGGCAUCACCGCCCUCUGUAGCCAGAUCGACACCUCCCUUGCCCAGCCGCCCGGAGAGCCAAGCAACGUUGCACCUCUGGGGGGCGCCCUCGGCCACCCGACAGCCACCGUGCCCAUGGAAGCGGGCACCAGCAGCCCAGGGCCGCCCAUGUGGACAACCAGCUCUUCCUCGGGAGCCCCCACGACACCCCCGUUCCAGCCGGGACACAAGCGGACGCCUUCGGAGGCCGAGCGCUGGCUGGAGGAAGUGGCCAAAGCUGCCAAGGCUCAGCAGCAGCAACAGCAACAGCAACAGGUGGCCGUGGCGAUGCCCGCUUUCCCCCUGGGCUAUGACGCAGCUCCUCCACCCCUGGGCAUAUUCAUCCCACCCCACCUGCCACCCACGUUCCUGCCCAUGGGCUCCCCUUACCCUCCAGCCAUGCCCUACGCCGCCACCGUUCCUAGUGUGCCCGUGGUGGGCAUCACCCCCUCCCAGAUGGUGGCCAACGCCUUCUGCUCGGCCACCCAGGCGCCCUCCACAAACCUGGGGGCCAAGGCCAGUCCCUUCCCUCAGAACCUGCUGGGGCCGGCGUGGCCCAAGGCCAACGGGACGGCCUGGCCUGCCGAGCAGAGCCCGCCGGCUCCGCCGCCCCCCCGCCAGGAACCCCCCGACCCCUUCGAAGCCCAGUGGGCUGCUCUCGAGAGCACAGCCCCUUCCACCUCCCCGAACCCUUUCGCUGGCGACCGGCAGAAAACAUUUGAAAUUGAACUGUGACCGCCACACCUUGAGGGACUGGACGAUAUAGGUGUGUGUGUGUCCCCUCCGACCUCCGACCUGCACUGCCCUCCCCCGCAACGGGUCUGCUCUGUGGCUCCUCUCCGCUCGCUCUCCACCUUGAAAUCCGGAUUGCCUUCGGGAUCCUGCGGUCUGCAGCUAAGAGAACGGUCCCCGUGCCCUCCAGUCAGCGGGGGUCCCGGCUUGGAACAAAGCGGGAGGGUGUGUGUGAGAGAGAGAGAGUCUGUGAG